UCGCGCGUGCGUACGAAACUAGUCCGUUCUCGCUUACCGCGACUGCAGUGAGGAAGAGAAUUUAUCGCCGGCGACACGUCUUGUGCUUGUCCGCAACAUAACACAAUACUACAUAGUACAUACGCUUAUCGCGUACAACACGUUCGCAUGAGAUCGUCGAUCGCACACGCGCGUUCAUACACGACGGCUGCGGUGGACGACGACCGCGAUCACUGUCCCGGCACGGACUCGCGCGCGGCCGUAUCAUCGUACCGGCGGCAUCGCUGUCCGAAAACCGUACCGCCGCCGUCGUGCGCGUGACGGCCGGUAAAAGUUUCCAGUCGUUACCAGUGGCCGCGGUUUGAAAUCAACGAUCCGCGAUAGGCACGUCCCCGAAAACGACGACGGCGCGGUACACCUGCUGAGACGCAAAAUCCGGCAACGGCGCAGCACAACGCGCCGUACGGGAACCGUAACAAAUGCGCGAGUAACACUCCGUUACAGCGUUGCCGCGGUUCGCUCCGGAACGUAUCCGUCCGAACGACCGCCACCGUCCGCCGUUGGAUUCUAAUCAAUGAUGCGCGUUUUCCUUUCUCUCUUCCCCCGAAACAACAAUAAUAACAAUAAAUAAAUAAUAUAAUAAUAAGUGGACACUCGCCGUUGUCCGGUGACACUGGACUCGUCGAAUAUUUUCCGUGCGUGUGCGUCGUUUAUUGCGUUUCACGCUCUCCCGUUCAAUGGAGGUGGACGAGUUCGAUUCGGGCCGUUCGUCGUCGACGAUUUCGUCGAUAAACAGCCUGUUCUCGUUUACCAGCCCGGCCGUUAAGAAACUGUUGGGCUGGAAGCAGGGUGACGAAGAGGAGAAAUGGGCCGAAAAGGCCGUCGAUGCGCUCGUCAAGAAACUGAAGAAGACCAAAGGCGCUAUCGAAGAGUUGGAAAAAGCGCUCAGCUGUCCAGGACAGCCGAGCAAGUGCGUCACCAUACCGAGAAGUCUGGACGGACGAUUGCAGGUGUCGCAUCGUAAGAGUUUACCGCACGUCAUAUACUGCCGUGUAUGGCGAUGGCCAGAUCUCCAAACCCAUCACGAGCUUAAACCGCUUGACCAUUGUCAAUUUCCAUUCUCUACUCAAAACAAACAGAAAGAUGUUUGUAUUAACCCUUAUCACUACAAACGUGUUGAAAGUCCUGUCCUACCUCCUGUAUUGGUACCAAGACAAAGUCAACUACCCCCUAUGAUGUUUCGUCAAAUGCCAGAAAAUCUUCAGUAUAAUAAUUAUAAUCAAGGACCUAAUUCUCCAUCAUCAAGUCCUCCACCAAACAGUCCCUUUCAGAGCAGCGCACUAUCAGAAAUAGGAAGUUCUCCUGGGCCUGAUGAAAAAGCUAUGAGUCCUGCAUCUGGAACACAAGUCAUGUAUCAGGAACAAGCUAGUUGGGCAAGCAUAGCGUACUAUGAAUUAAAUAGUAGAGUUGGAGAACUUUUUCAUUGCCAAUCUCCUGUUGUGGUUGUGGAUGGUUUCACUAACCCAAGUAAUAACUUAAACCGAUUUUGUCUUGGACAACUUUCUAAUGUUAAUCGAAAUCAAACAAUUGAAAACACAAGACGACAUAUUGGAAGAGGCAUUCAAUUACAUUAUAUUGGCGGUGAAGUAUAUGCAGAAUGUUUAUCAGAUUCUGCCGUGUUUGUACAGUCACGUAACUGUAAUCACCAUCAUAAUUUUCAUCCAUUAACUGUGUGUAAGAUACCAGCUGGAUGUUCUUUACGCAUUUUCAAUAAUCAACAAUUUGCAACUUUACUCACAGAAUCUGUAAAUUCUGGUUAUGAAGCGGUAUUUGAGCUCACUAAAAUGUGCACAAUUAGGAUGUCAUUUGUGAAGGGCUGGGGUGCAGAGUAUCAUCGACAAGACGUUACCAGCACACCUUGUUGGAUUGAAAUACAUUUAAAUGGACCAUUACAAUGGUUAGACAAAGUUUUGUGUGCCAUGGGAUCGCCUCACAAUGCGAUAUCAUCUGUUUCAUAGGCCAACAUGCUUAUCACACUUAUUUUUUUAGUAUCAAGGUGACAUUUUUAUUUUUGUUUUAACUAAAUCACCAAUAUGACUUAAAUAUACAUAAGUUUUACACAAUAUUAGUAAAAUAAUUUUGCUACAAAAUACCAGGUAUUUUUAUAUUAAAUAAACUUAUGAAAUUUAACUUUUUGUAAAUUAAAAUUACUUUUAUUUUGCUGUACUAUAUGUUUGGUGCUCGCUAUUCUUAUUACUAUAUAUAUAUAUUUUUUUUUUUUUUGUUAAAGACCAUUUAUUUAUUGUUUUUUAUCCUAAAUAUUUUUUUAAAAAAGUAAUACUAUUUGAGACUUAAAGAUGUAAAACAUACUUUAUUCUAAAAGUUAUUUGACGUUAGUUUUAUAAAACAUUUUGUGAAUUAUGGUGAUAUUAUGCUCUCUAAUCAAAUAUAUUUAUUCAAUGAAUUAUUGUUGGCAACUAUAUAAUCUUACUAAGAGGGUGCAAUAGUAUAUAAAUAGUAAAUACUCAUAAAAACUUAUUUUACAUCUAACAAGUUAUACAUAAAAGAUUAUAGAAAAUAAUUUUAUCUAAAUCUAAUAAAAAUAAAAUUUUGGAUAUUUAUAUUAAUUAGUUAAAUAAUUUUAAGGGUAAAUGUAAAAACAUUAAAAAUUCAUCAUCAAAUAAAUACGGGUCGAUUGAAAUGGGAUAUCAUUAUAUCAACAAUCUAAUUUCUUAUAAAUGUAGAUAAAAUUUUUCUCCAUAAUUUUUUUUGUAGACAAUUUUACUUGUAAAAUCCUUCAGAAAGCUGUAUUCUUUAAAGGCUCAAACUUUUUCUGUUGCUUUUAUUUUAUUAUUUUUGCUCUAUAAUAUACAAAAUAAUUACUAUUUUCUUUUAAGUUAAAUUUUUCAGCUAUUUUAUUUUUAACCUAUAUUACACACUUCUUAAAUUAAGUACAUAUAUGUUGUAAGUCUUAGUGUUCAAAUUGUGUUAAAAUAAUUUUAGUAAAUUACAUUUGCUCAUUCAAAAUGUUGUUAAUUUUAGUUAAUUUAUAAUUUAUUAUUAAAUUACGAAUGGUAUGCUACUUAUAAUGACAGUAAAAGUAAACUAUGUACAGGGUGUUUUAUGAUAUUUUUCUUUGUUUCUUGUUUUUAAGUAGUGAAGCUACAAUUUCGCUUUGUAGUUUGUCUUAAUCGAAAUAACAUAAAACAAUCUGUAAGUUAAUAAUUUUAUUAAGUCAUUAUUAUUUUAUAGUAGGCGUGCAAUAUGAGAAUAUUAUGUAAGCUGUAUAAUAAUUAUUGUUGAAUUUUUAAAUAAGAGUUUGUUUAAUGUUCCCAACGCGUUCAGUAAUGUAAUAUUUAUGUUUGGUUUAUUAAUUAUUAUAUUGUAUAUUUUUUUUUAGCUGUACAAAUUUUUCCUAAACGUUUUAGUUUAUUGUCUACAAAUAUACAUAAAUAUAUUAUAUUGAUCUUAUUUUAUAAAUAUUUUAAAUGUGAAAAAAAAUAUAUUUUGCUAGAAAGACAA